CUUAACACUUAUAACAAUUCCACGACACGGUGACCUUAAUAUUAUAUCUUAAUACGCUGUAGAAUGGAUGUAAUAUAAAUGUACAUUUAUUUCAAGUCUACUUAAAAAUAUCCGGAAACACUGAGAAGUAAGAAGGUUCUCCAAAAAUCUGUGCGGCUUUGACAUGAUUCCCCGUUAUCGAACUUUACCGUACCGAUUUAUGACCUUGAAGCUGGUUCUUAUGCAAGUUUAUGCGAAGAGAUUCCUCAAAGAAAAACAAACGUGAGGAAUCGAUUGAUAUCAUUGGAGAAGCUAGUAAUAGUGGAGAUGACGAUACUAAAAUUGAUAAAGAGGAACCACGCCAAUUGACUGGUGCAACCGAGCAGUCGUCAGAGUGCCUUUUACCGGACACACCAACUGCUGCUUUUGGAGAGACAAUUAAUCGUGGGGAUGACGAAGCACCGGUAGACACUUUUACCUACAUAGCCGUGGGUGGACGUAAAAGAACUCCUUCAUUGUCACUUGAACAUGAAGAUGCUGGAUGCGAUGAAGAAACGAUACCCAUAAAUGAUGUAGUUGAACAACCGCCGGAGUGCAUACCCAAGGAAGAUUUCGUUGAUGUCAUUGGAGUGAUUGGUGAUAGUGGAGAUGACCAAGCAACUGUCCCCACCAAAAAAAAGGGUGGCCGUAAAAGGACUUCGUCAUUGACAAUUGUGUCUGCCGAUACUAAAAUUGAUGAAGAGGAAACACACCAAUUGAUUGGUGCUACCGAUCAGUCCUCUGAGUUUCCUUUACAGGAGAAAUCAACUAAUGUGCUUGGAGAAGCUACUAAUAGUGAAGAUAACAACGUAUCGGUAGCAACAGUUCCCAACAUACAAAAGGGCGACCGUAGAAGAACUUCUUCAUUGACAAUUGUAAAUGACGAUACUAAAAUUGAUGAAGAGGAACAACACCAAUUGGCUGGUGCAACCGAGCAGACGUCAGAGUGCCUUUUACGGGAUGAUAUCGAAGAGAAAUCCACAAGCCAUAGAGAUGCGUCUGAUGAAAGAAAUUCCGGAGAAGGACAAACUGUCGGCGUCCAGGAAUCUCGUAAAGAAAGGGGGCCUUUUCCCUUACCACCUAUGCAGAGUACAGCAACAUACAACAGCAGCUGUAGACAACAAGACACAGAAGUUGAUGACUCUGAGAGCCCAUUCAUUGGUCUUGAAGGACGUCAAGAUCGCAGCUCCUGCCUAGUGUGCCAGAGGCCAGCGAGGGACGUUGUUAUCCGACCAUGUGGUCAUCUGCUUUACUGCUGGGGCUGUGUUGAUAGAAUGGACAAAUGCAGGAAAUGUGACAGAGCGAUAUCUGAUAAGAUUAAAAUAAAAACUGACUAACAAUUCAAAUUGGUAUAUGUUAUAUGGUUUAACCAAUAUAACAAAUCUCAUCCUCAUAUAUUAAGAAUAUUUGUUCCAAAUUGAUUUGCAUACAAUUGAAGCAUUCUGGCCUUAUGGUUGAUCUGUCUGAAGUGGUUUCUAUUUGACAUUAACCAUUUGAAAGAAAUUAAGUUCACAUCCCUCCAGUUUAUAAAACUCACCAUUUAUUGAUUUGAAAUAAUACUAUAUUAUUGAAUUAUGUUUAGUGAAAGGGCAAACUUACAAUGCUUAUCGGCUACCAUGUUUUUAUUUUUAGCGUAAGCAAAUUGUAUCAAAUAAGUCUCAUAAAACAAUGAUAAAAGAAAUAGAUGCAUGUUAAUAUUUAUUCAAAUAAUUAUGUAAUGUACCACAUUGAUUAACUAAAAACAUUUCAUUAAGAAAUUUGAUAAGCUACACUCUUAUUACAAAACUUUACCACCAUCACCCAAAGCAUAAUUGCAUUGAAAUUUAAUACACAUAUAGCCUUUGUUAAAUGACAUAAGAAAAAUGUAACUCUAUUUGAAAUUCACGCCUUCUAGUGAGUUUAUGAUGAAACAUGACAACGGAGAAAAUAUCACAAUGUAAUUUCACUAUAUUUGAAACACUACCAAACAAACUGCAACGUGCACGGUAUAAUCACUGAGCUUAUUAUUUAUCUUCGAUCAUAUCAUUUUUUUAAUUGUUUUUCUGUAAAAUAAAGAUUUAUAUAGCUCUGAUGAAUAUUACUCUUUCUACGCAUAGAAUGAGUAAUGUAUGUACAUUAAAUAAGGAAUACUAAAUGACGUAGAUGCUAUGGCAAUGAUGCCGUAAAGCUAUAGCUUCACUCAUACUGGUGGGUGCCAGCAUAUUUUUAUAAUGCCUCCAGUAUCGCCUGAGAGUACUGUUCCACGUGGUCGUCCCUAAGGCACACGUCUAGUGGUCGUCCCUAAGGCACAUGUCCAGAGGUUUGCGGGUAAUGUUUCGAUUGUAGGCCCAAAGGUGGUGGCCAAACGGAUGGACCAAGUUCGCCAUUAUUAUUAGGAAUAAACAACCUCGUCUCUGUCGACGUCAGCUCUGUUACUUUUUGAAGGGCCUAGUGCGUUGUGUGCGACGUAAUGUGUCUUGUAAAGAUGGAAGGGCUGGGUUCAGAAUUUGAUCUGGUUACAUAACCUUCCUAUGAGACUUUGGAUUGUCAUUCAUACCUAUACCGAACUACAAUCUAGACAGACAAGUAUGUGACCGACUUGCAUUGUGUCUUAGAGUAGUUCCCUAGAAUCCCGACUAUAUCGUAAAUUUGACGCAUGUAGCGUUUAAUAUGUGGAGGGUAAAUUUUGAUGUACAUGCCUAACUUGAAGAUGGAGUCCCAAAGGCAAGUUGGAAAGGCUUUCGCUAUCUGCCUGACAGAUUUCUGUAAGCAUAUACAUUUGUUAUUUAUAGAUAAAAAAUAUUAGAUAGAUAGAUAAGGAAUAUAUGAUACCUGGUUAACUCAAAUAACACGUGUAAAAUAAUUAACAUUAAUAACAACACGAGUCCUACAAAACCCAUCAUAUGGACACCAACACCAAGGAUGACUGAAACAAGAGUAAACUUUUAUUUCCAUUGUGGUCCUCAUUUAUAUCAGAUAUAUUAUGAUUGAGUGAUCGCAAAUGGUGUAUAAAGGUAGUGUUCUAAAUAUUAGAUGGUUACGUUUAAUCAAAAUGGAGAUAUUUAAAAUUAAAAAUGCCCACCUUAAUUUGGAACUGAGUGUAGUAUAUGUAUUAUUGUAUAAUUAAUGUAAUCAAUGUAAAUACCAUGUUGCCGCGUACGUAAUAAACAGAAAAUUGCGUAAUUGGACCCAUGCUUAUGGAUCAUCAAUAACCUAAUGGAUGUAUGCACGUACAAAGUCAUCAUACUAAUAGUAUAAGGAUAACUAAAUUAUUAGUGUAGUGUUCUUAUUGAGCAAAUUGUAAAAGGUACAUUUAAAUUAUGUGAUGCAAAUAUCAAUAUACAUAUCAUAAACAGUAAAUAUGCACUCGAGUACUAUGAACGAUAUUUUGUACACACUGUUACUUUUUUGUUUUACGAAAUACACCCGCACACAAAACAACAUUCAUAUGCUCUCAAAGAAAAAGAGACAAACAAUCGCUCUCCUUUUUAUGCUUAAGUUUAAAUUAAAACAAAACGGGUGAUGUCAAAUUUCUUUGCAAUUCGAAUUAAUGUAUGAUUUGUUUGUCUCAUAUUUACUUCAGGCACAAAUUUCUCAAAACUCUUAAGCGUUUUACUUUUAAGUAUCAUCUAGCCGAAACACUUACUUUUUAAAACAAAAAAAAUAUUAAAAAAGAGAAUAUUACAGAAUGUGUAUAAAACAAAAAUAAAAAAUGAAAAUUAAAUAGUGUUCUGAGCCCUUUUUUAAAAUCACAUUUAAGAUUGGCCGAGAAAAUGGGACUGGGUCCGUUUCAGUAAUGGAUGUUAGUAGUAUCUAAUUAUCUUAAAUCUGUAUAAACGUCACAAAUAACAAUACAUCGUUUUUUCGUAAUUUCCUCAUCGUCUUGUUCUAUUUUAAUGUUUGCUUCAGUUAAAUGCAUACAAAUAAGUAGCAAAAUAAUGUAACUAUGGGACUAAGAUAGUUUCAAUUUACGACUUAAAUUGAGUUUCUUUAUAAAUAAGUAAUACUAUUAAGAAAACUUUAUUAUGUUUCCAUAUUUAAAUACGGCACAUCAUCAGCCAAUAAGAUUUGCCCGUUCGAAGUUUACCCUUGCAGGACAAUUACAGUUUUUGAAACCAGUUCUGGUUGAAAGCCUGCAUGCAAUAUUUCUGCAGGGAAGCAAAGGAAAAUACGUGACAUGUUGAAUAUUUAAUUGUACUAUAUGAUUGUGUCUUAUGAAAGGAAGUACAUGAGCCAAUUACUGAUGUAUGUACCCCCGUUUAAAUAUUAAAAAGACAAUGUUAAACAUUUGCUUAGUAAUUAGACUGUUAAAUAGUUCGAAUCGUGUUAAUAUAAUUAUACCAAUCCGAUCCACUGGAACUCUUUUAAAGCAACGAAACACCAUAAAGUGUCUGUUAAUUAAAAAUAGCUGUUAUUUCAUUGAACUGAAUUAAAAUUGAUUUUUUUUAUUGUUUUUUCUUGUUAUGCUUUAAAACAUUUUUGCCCUUGUUGUUUGUUGUUCUAUAUCUUUUCUGUAAUUUGGUUAUUUGUUGAUAUUUUGCGUUAUGUUUAGAAUUAGUGUUUAAUAUUGAAUAUGUUUAACUGUGUUAUAUUGCAUGCUGUUUAUGGUGAAGGUGAUAUUUGUUUGCAUUUGUAAAUACUAAUUCGUUUUACCGAUCUAUUCAGCAAAGUCACUACUUUUCUGUAGACGGGAAUUAGGAGUCAUUGCUGGUGUUCUUAGAACGAUAAUCUUGCUCCCUUGCUAAAUUGAUAACAAGUGACACAUACUCACUUGAUUGACUUUUCAGCGAUCUAGAAGUAACUUAUUCUUAAAGCUACACGUACAUGUAAAAGUUGAUUUUUUUGUCUGAAAGUAGUGUACGAAAAAUAAGUUUGAUAUCGAUGAUACCCGUAUAAAUAUAUUUCCUCGUGUUAUCGUGCAUGUCAUUAAAUUCUGAUACAAUGUACACAUUCCUUGAUGAAGUAGUGCAAAAAUAGUAGUGAGCAAAUAGAAUUAUUUUAAAGGAACCUGUACUGGUAUUCAAUAUUGGCCUUAUUUGGAUCUAAGAACGAUGUAGCUUAUCGGAUUACUUGGUAUUAAUAACUGACCAAUACAUUUGAUUAAGACAACGAUGUAUUGAAAAUAGAUUAACACAAGUUACAUAUUCACUACUUCACCUGAUUCGCUUGCCCUUUGUUUACCUCCUUCUACGGUAUACAAAAUUGAUAAAUAGUUCUAAUAAGUAAAUGACGUGUCUGUGAAGUUUAGACUACUUGUGAUUUUUUACUGUGACAAUGUUUUGCAGAAAAAUGCUGGGAGAGGAUGCGUUCGUAGAGCACCAGAAAAAAAAACUUGAUUGCACACAUAUGUUCAAGCAACUGCGAUUAAUAAUUUUAAAAUCUUCAAUUUUGUAGAUGAAGAAAUUAGUUUUAUACACGAUUGUUUUGCUCUAGUAAACAUAGAAAUGAACAUAUUCUUCAGUUUGGCACGAGAUACGUUAUUAUACAAAUAAAUAAAUCUUUUGUACUAAAUGGUAUCAUCAACCUCUUUACACAACGUAUUAAUUUAUCUAAAGUGUUGUUUUGAUUUUAAUGCUAUUAUAAAAUGUUUUAUACAGUUGAGGUUGUUUCAACACUUCAAUCCAAUUUGAACAAUUUUGUUGGACUGCACUGUUUGGAGAGGAUUGCGUCAUUCAUCAUUCUAUUUUAGUCGUAUUUAUUAUUAUGUUGUUGCCAUAUCUCUUUAUUUUAGCCAGAACUUCUUUUGAAAAAUAGUAAUAGUAUUGUUAUUUGUUAUAAAUAUAUUUUUUCAACAUCUUUGUUUAUAGUAGAUAUAUAUAUACGGAUACGAGAUUUUUAUUUUUUAAAUAGAUAUAUCAUUAAGACUAAAUAAUAUACAUAUACCACGUCCGUAACAUACAUAUCAUAUGUAUGGAAAAAAAACUAUCAGUAUUAAUACAGACGUAAAAACGUUAUAAAGUACAUUUUUUUGAAUAUGAUAACAAUUAGCAAUGCAGCAAGGUGCAAAUAAUUGACAAAACAAAUUUGAAAAAAAAACUUUUAAGUCUGUAUAUUUCCAUAUUCAUCAAUCUUUCAAUUACUUGUGCUAUGUGAUAAAGAAUGGACUAACCUUUUGUUAUUUUCCAUAUAUAGUAUAUAACGUUCUAGAUACAUUGUACACUUAUAGUUCAAGGGUAUUCAUGCUUUGUUUGAGGUCAUUUUCAACAUCUUUUGUUUAUUUUCGAUUUUGUAUCAAUUUCGUGAAUCUUGCUGAUUAGCUCAUUUAUAUAAUUAAACUAUGUUAAUUUCUUG